AUGUCUCGCGUUUCUCGGAUCCUAAGUAACGGUUAUCUAAGAGAGAAAGUCGUGUUGGAACCGGAAAUGAAUUGCGAGGGUCACGUUGUGAAACGGUCGCAAUCCGGACGUGAAUUCAAGGAAGCGAAUUUCGCUAGGAUCUCGACCUUGAAAAAGUGCCGAAGCGUGGAUGGAACUUCCAAACGGCCAAAAAUCAACAACAUUCGUAGGCUGAAGACAAGGGGCUUAAAGGUGCCGCUGGUCCCCGAGAGAAUCGUCAAUAUAGUCAACAUUUUGCAGCACGAGAAAUUUCUGGACAUGGUCGGUCAGUUCUUCAAGCCGAAUUCCAAGAAACAAUCGCGAAUCAAGAAACCACAAUCGAAAGCGUCCGAUACGAGCAAAAGUCUUGAUUGUGGGGCCGAGGUGCAUAUGUCCGCCAUUUGUGAGAACACUUUGUAAUUCGUCGUUCGAAUAAAUG